ACCAGCCGAACCCUGUCGUAACAAAAAUGACCCCCGGAAUCCCGCCCAUGUAUUUGCCCGCAGCACGGCGGAGCUGAGCUGACCGGAGUGAUGAAGAGGGUGACGCCGUGGAAGUCCGUCAUGAGGAAGCGGUACCUGCUCCUAGUCCUGGUCAGCGCGACGGCUCUCGCCACGGCGAUCUAUAUCUACCUGAAUGUCAACCUCAGCAAGAUGGUGGCCUGGAGCCUCCUGAUCAGAGCGGAUCGUUACUUUCUGGUCUCCACCAAUCAGCAGCAGCUCCCGGCGUUACGUCACCUGACUGUGCCAUGGCGGAGAUGGAACGGUCUCAUUGACUAUGACCUUGUAACCAGCGCUGCACAGACCAAGUUGAUAUUCCCUAAUUUCAAAGCCAUAUAUGCAAAAGGCGACAUACUCAGAAUGAAAAUCGUGGCGCUAGAUAGAAGAGGUCGGCGUAAGCGUUAUGGUGGAGACUUCUUCCGAGCUAAGUUGGUCUCCAAAGACUCCGUGAACGCCAGCACAGCCGGCAAGAUCACGGACCACGGGGACGGCACGUACACCGUACAGUUCGUGCUUGCCUGGGCGGGGACAGUACAGGUCCACACACAGCUAGUCCACCCUAGCGAGGCGGUAGAAGUGAUCAAGCAAAUCAGAGACACUAUACCAAACAGGAGAGUAUUCUUCUGCCAUUUUCAGGACCAGAGAACAGAACGCCCGGGAGAAUGGACGCCCUGCACGGGACAGAGAAACACCAGCCUCCCGAGAAAAAUGCUCUGCGACUUUUCCAAGAAGUCAGUGAACGCUACGUGGCAUUGCGAACGCCCCAAGCACUACCCCUGUAGUGCCAUACAUGUCUGCAAGUUCGACUACAAUAGGACCAAGCGACUGGUGGAAUCUUUGAUAAGUGGGGACGAAAAGAGACUGUUUUCCAGGCUGCUUUUGAAGAGAGACAUGAGGAGGAGCACACUUAUCCGUGUUGUGGACAGAGGCAUAGAGUCAGAGGUUCUGCCGCGGUGUGGCCCGUGCCUUGCCCAGACGCCGUCGGAAGGGUACUGGUACAACAGGCUCUGGUACUCUCUGUCAUGCCGGGCCAGGCACUUCCUCCAGACGGGAGACGUUCUACAAUGUCUUAGAAACAAGACCGUCUUCAUGCAAGGGGACUCGACCAUGCGACAAUGGUACUUUCGACUGGUGGACCGCAUAUCUGCACAGUCGGAAGAGAUCACCAAGUCGCAGGAGUUCAUCGGACCAUUCGCCGCCAUCGACAACGCCAGCAACAUCCGCCUGCAUUUCCGUUUUCACGGCGAACCCAUACAGAAAAAGAUCAACAUCAGUUUCAGAAACAUUCACUACGUUGCUGAUGAACUUGACCAGUUGGCCGGUGGUCCCGAUGUGGUUGUGAUUCUCGGAUUGUGGGCACAUUUUGUAGCUGAACCUCUGGUAGCCUUCCGUGCCCGUCUCUAUGCCAUCAGCCACGCCAUCAAGCGGUUAAUUCACCGCUCUCCCUACACAAAAGUCAUCAUCAGGACUAGCAACACACGGAGACACGAUAAGCUGUUCAUAAGCGUUCAGUCCAGUGAUUGGUUGGCUCAGGAGUUGAAUGUGGUGAUACGGGACAUAUUUGGGAGGCAUGAGUCGGUCGCCAUAUUGGAUGUAUGGGAGAUGACGUUGUGCCAAGAGUACCCGGAUGACGCUCAUCCUAACGUUCACGUAGUUGACAGUGAACUCAGCCUGUUAUUAUCUUACAUCUGCCCAUCAUGAUACAGUGUGUGUCUGUCGGUAGCAUCCCUUGGCUUUGAUGUACCUCUUUUUGAAUGUGCCAAACACAACAACAUAUCGUUUAGAUCAGCAGUAAGGAGAAUGUUUACGGUACAAUGAAACCUGCGAUUAGAUUAGAUAAGAUGUGAAGACGUCAGAUCUCUUAUCCGAUAUCUACCGAAC